CCCUGCCCCCGAGAGCGCCCGGCCCGCGGCGCGGCGCCCGGGGCUCCGGCGGAGCGGCCGCGGAGGGGAGUGGGCGGCGCGGGGCGGGGCGGUAUAUCCAGUCUGGCGGAGGGCGGGCCCGCCAGUGCCGGGGCCCGGACGGCGGGUGGAGGCGCCGGGAGCAGCCGAGAGCCGUCGCGCGCGCGGACCGUCGCUCUAUGGGCACAGGGCGCCGCUGAGCGCGAGAAGAGCCCGCUCCCGCAGCCGCCCGCACCUCGCGCCGCUCGGCUCGCUCUCCAGGCCCGCGCCCCGCGCCGCCAUGAACCACUCGCCGCUCAAGACGGCCUUGGCCUACGAAUGCUUCCAGGACCAGGACAACUCGACGCUGGCUCUGCCGUCCGACCAGAAAAUGAAGACCGGCACGUCGGGCCGGCAGCGCGUGCAGGAGCAGGUGAUGAUGACCGUCAAGCGGCAGAAGUCCAAGUCUUCCCAGUCGUCCACCCUGAGUCACUCCAACCGAGGCUCCAUGUAUGAUGGCCUGGCCGACAACUACAACAACUACGGGAGCAGCAGCCGGAGCAGCUUCUACUCCAAGUUCCAGGCGGGGAACGGCUCGUGGGGCUACCCGAUCUACAAUGGGACCCUCAAGCGGGAGGCUGACAACAGGCGCUUCAGCUCCUACAGCCAGAUGGAGAGCUGGGGCCGGCAGUACCCGCGGGGAAGCUGCACCGCGCCGGGCGCCGGCAGCGACAUCUGCUUCAUGCAGAAGAUCAAGGCCAGCCGCAGCGAGCCCGACCUCUACUGCGACCCCCGGGGCACCCUACGCAAGGGCACGCUGGGCAGCAAGGGCCACAAGACCACCCAGAACCGCUACAGCUUCUACAGCACCUGCAGCGGCCAGAAGGCGGUCAAGAAGUACCCGGGGCGCCCGCCCUCCUGCACCUCCAAGCAGGACCCCGUGUGCGUCCCGCCCACCUCCUGCACCAAGGACCUGUCCUUCAGCCACUCCAGGGCCAGCUCCAAGAUCUGCAGCGAGGACAUUGAGUGCAGCGGGCUGACCAUCCCCAAGGCUGUGCAGUACCUGAGCUCCCAGGACGAGAAGUGCCAGGCCAUCGGGGCCUACUACAUCCAGCACACCUGCUUCCAAGACGAGUCUGCCAAGCAGCAGGUGUACCAGCUGGGCGGCAUCUGCAAGCUGGUGGACCUGCUCCGCAGCCCCAACCAGAACGUGCAGCAGGCCGCGGCCGGGGCUCUGCGCAACCUCGUGUUCCGCAGCACCGCCAACAAGCUGGAGACACGGCGGCAGAACGGCAUCCGCGAGGCGGUCAGCCUCCUGAGGAGGACCGGGAGCGCGGAGAUCCAGAAGCAGCUGACCGGGCUGCUCUGGAACCUGUCCUCCACCGACGAGCUGAAGGAGGAGCUGAUCGCCGAGGCGCUGCCCGUGCUGGCUGACCGCGUCAUCAUCCCCUUCUCGGGCUGGUGCGACGGCAACAGCAACCUGCCCCGGGACCCCGUGGACCCCGAGGUCUUCUUCAAUGCCACCGGCUGCCUGAGGAACCUGAGCUCCGCAGACGCGGGCCGCCAGACUAUGCGCAACUACAUGGGGCUCAUCGACUCGCUCAUGGCCUACGUCCAGAACUGCGUGGCGGCCAACCGCUGUGACGACAAGUCAGUGGAGAACUGCAUGUGCGUCCUCCACAACCUCUCCUACCGCCUGGACGCCGAGGUGCCCACGCGCUACCGCCAGCUGGAGUACACUGCCCGCAACGCCUACACCGACAAGUCCUCCACCGGCUGCUUCAGCAACAAGAGCGACCGCAUGACGAACAACAACUACGACUGCCCGCUCCCCGAGGAAGAGCCCAACCCCAAGGGCAGCAGCUGGCUGUACCACUCAGACGCCGUCCGCACCUACCUGAACCUCAUGGGCAAGAGCAAGAAGGACGCCACCCUGGAGGCCUGCGCGGGUGCCCUGCAGAACCUGACUGCCAGCAAAGGGCUGAUGUCCAGCGGCAUGAGCCAGCUGAUCGGGCUGAAGGAGAAGGGCCUGCCCCACAUCGCCCGCCUGCUGCAGUCCGGCAACUCGGACGUGGUGCGGUCUGGAGCCUCGCUGCUGAGCAACAUGUCCCGGCACCCCGCGCUGCACAGAGUGAUGGGGACCCAGGUGUUCCCAGAGGUGACCAGACUCCUCACCAGUCACACCGGCAACACCAGCAACUCGGAGGACAUCCUGGCCUCGGCCUGCUACACCGUGAGGAACCUGAUGGCCUCCCUGCCGGGCAUGGCCAAGCAGCACUUCUCCAGCAGCAUGGUCAACAACGUCAUCAACCUGUGCCGUAGCAGCACCUCCCCCAAGGCUGCGGAGGCCGCCCGCCUCCUCCUGUCCGACAUGUGGUCCAGCAGGGAGCUGCAGGGGCUCCUCAGGCAGCAAGGUUUUGAUAGGAGCAUGCUGGGGACCUUAGCCGGGGCCAACAGCCUCAGGAACUUCACCUCCCGAUUCUGAGAGAGGCUGCCUGCCCACGUUCAGCUUGCAGACGUGAUCCGACCAGCGGAGCAGACCCGGGCCUUACUGCAGGCGCGUCUGUCCACCUGCACAGCUUUUGGAGGUGUUCAGAGCCAGCCAAGAGCACGCAGGGACGCUGCGGUGGAUGAAAAUAUUUUUAGAUUCUUUCUUUUCCUUGGGGGAACUAACAGGCAGUGGGGGUGGGGGAGGGGAGCGGGGGGGGGGCUUUCUUGAGUUAAGGGAGCUUAUGUCUUGAUGUUAAUACUUCUUUCUCUGAGGAGCGGCAUAUAUACAUAUGUAUAGUGUGUGUGUGAGUGCACGCGUGUGUGUGCAUGCGUGUGUGCGGAAGGCAGGCCCUGGAACUGCAGGACUGGGGGAACUGCAGGCUGAGCUCACGGUGGUGGCGGGACUCACUCUCACAGACGCGGGUGACUGUGCUUGGGGUUUCGCUCCCCGUCAUCCCGAAGAGUGGGUGCCGGGGCCUCGCCAGCACCAGGCCCACGGGGAGUCCUGCAGCGUCAGGGCGGGGGAGUGACUGGGGCUGGGGCUCAUCCCCCACCCACCCCGAGAGGCGGCUUUGCAGGAAGGGAGGUUGGCGGGGCUCAGUGUAUCUCCUGGGAAAUCUGGCGUGGCCGAGCGGCCCUCCCGCAGGGCCUGGGGCCAGGGCUGGGCGGCCGUGGGGUCUGCUGGGUGGGCCAGGACAGGCAGGCUGUCUUUGCUGUAUGAGUCUGUCCGGAGAGGAGGUGCCGGGGGCGGCCGACCACUCCCGCGGGCCGUGUACCCAUCAGAGCGGGCUUGCCUGGGAGCCCUCCCCUACAGGGGCGAGUAAUCCACAUGUUGGGGAGGAAGGAGGCAGAGUGGUGGGAGAGCGGCGGGUCCGUCCUCGGAUUCCCAGCAGAGGAGCUGGCCCGGGUAGGCCAGGGGUUGACCCAUGGGUCCUGAGACCCGUCGAGCCCCCAGCGAGGCAGGGUUUCGGAGGAGGGCGCUCGGCUAGGAAAGGGAGCUGUUAUGUCAGGGAUCAGCCAGAGGCCGCCCCGCCUUCCCUGACGCCCAGCUGCCCGUGACAACUGCAGAGAGAGUGGUGAGAAGCCCGCUGGGGCAGUGGCUCCCAGACCCCCAGACUCGUAUGAGCAUAGAGCAGGCCCCGGAGAGCGCCCCUGUCUGUGGGCUGAGACCGGGCGGGACACAGCGCCACCUGGCCGCAGCCCCCCUGCCCAGCAGCGCCAGCGGCGAUCAGUGGGGACUGGCUGCCUGGCCUUGCCCACCGCACACCUCCUCCCGCCGCGUGUCCCCCCCCGCCCCCCGUCCAGUCCCACUGCUCACCCCGGCAGUCAGACCCCGGCCCCGAGGAACCCCCGCGGGAGAGGACAGCGGGACUGGCCGGGUCGGGCUCAGACCUGUGAUGGCCCGCCACGCGGCCGCGUGUUCUCUGCUGCUGGGGUCUCCCUCACAUGCAGGCCCGCCUCCCUCACAGGCCCAUGGGGAGCUGGUCCCAGAAGACCGUCCCCUCAGCCACUCCCCGGGCCCUAGGGGAGUUUGUUUCUCCAAGAAACACGCGAGGAGCCAGGCGGUGUUGUCAGCCCUUAGGAUACAUCGGUGACAAGAGACCACACCCCAUCCACGUGGCCCACGUUCUCCUGGAGGAAAGAGGGGCUCCGGGGUCCCUGGCUUUAGGGGUCCCCGGCUUUAGGGGCCCCCAAGGAGAGAGAGCCGCUCAGUCCAGUCAGGGCUAGAGGGAAGUAGCUGAGGACCAGCGGGUCUGUGGCCGUGCCGGGGAGAGCCCCCGCCGCUGCCAGGGGGUGGCGUUUCAGUAGGCCGGGUGGACAGUCAGGCCAGGCCUGGUUUAGCCAUCUCGUGACUUCUGCUGCCAGCUGGCCAGGCUUGUCACUCUGGAAGAGGCAGACCUUUGCAGGGUGGGUGGUGCUGUGGAUGAGGCUCUAGAGAAGGAGCUCGGGGUCUGCGGGCCCAGCUUGGGCUGGAAGGAUGUGCUGGCCUCACGCUGCCGGGCUCGACGCCCGAAACAGGACACUCCAAUGCGAGAUCAAGUGGGGGAGGGCCCAGGCCACGAGGGUCUCCCUGCGCAGCCCCGACCCAGGGCUUAAGGCGGACAGGCCCCUGGCUGCCAGACCCGCCUGGUGUGCCCUGCCCAGCAGCGCAGACCCCUCCCAGACCGGAGGCGGAGCUGCUCCUGUCUGCCUGGGGCCGAGCAGAGCUGGGGGCAUGGGAGGGAAAGGGGGGUCCCUUUGCAGCCUGCUCCCCCCGCUGUGUCUGGAAGAACCGGGCACCGGCCAGGCCCGUUUCCUGUGGGGUACACUGUGUGUUUGCUUUUUUGGAAAUAUAGGAAAUCAAUAAAUUGCUGGCGUUUCUUUGAA